UUUUACAAACACAAAUUAUGCUAAGUUUGAAUUUAUUACCAUAUAUUAAAUAAUGAGCGCCAAAGUAUUCCAAAUAAACAUAUGCUUAAGAUUUUAAACACUCCUUAGCCGUUACUUAACUUUAACAUGAGUAAAAAGAAAGGGAUAUGAAAUAUGAGUAAGCUGGCGCCACAACGACCAUAAUAUUUAUCCAAAAUUCUCUCACCACCCAAACACCAUCUCCCACUCCAAACAAAAACAUUCACAACUUUUUGAGUGUGUGUGUGUGUGUGCAGAAGGAGGACAGCUGCAAUGGCAAUGGCAAUAGCUCUUCGGAGGCUUUCAUCUACAGUUGACAAACCCAUUAAGCGUCUCUCUAAUGGUGGCUCUCUCUAUUACAUGUCAUCUUUGCCAAAUGAAGCUGUCUACGACAAGGAAAACUCUGGAGUCACCUGGCCAAAGCAACUGAAUGCCCCGCUGGAGGUUGUUGAUCCUGAGAUUGCUGACAUAAUUGAGCUUGAGAAAGCUCGCCAAUGGAAGGGGCUCGAACUGAUUCCUUCAGAAAAUUUCACUUCCCUUUCGGUGAUGCAAGCAGUUGGAUCAGUUAUGACUAACAAGUAUAGUGAAGGAUAUCCUGGUGCCAGAUAUUAUGGAGGAAAUGAGUACAUAGACAUGGCAGAAACUUUAUGCCAGAAACGUGCUUUGGAAGCAUUCAGGUUGGAUCCUGCAAAGUGGGGAGUGAAUGUGCAGCCUCUAUCAGGAUCACCUGCUAAUUUUCAUGUUUACACUGCAUUAUUAAAACCUCAUGAACGGAUCAUGGCUCUUGAUCUUCCUCAUGGUGGACAUCUUUCUCAUGGAUAUCAGACUGAUACGAAGAAGAUAUCUGCAGUCUCUAUAUUCUUUGAGACAAUGCCAUACAGACUCAAUGAGAGCACUGGCUAUAUUGACUAUGACCAGCUUGAGAAAAGUGCCACACUGUUUAGGCCAAAAUUAAUUGUUGCUGGUGCUAGUGCCUAUGCACGUCUUUAUGACUAUGAACGAAUCCGGAAGGUCUGCGACAAACAGAAAGCUAUUUUAUUAGCAGAUAUGGCACACAUUAGUGGAUUGGUUGCAGCUGGAGUCAUCCCAUCACCAUUUGAUUAUGCUGAUGUUGUCACUACCACAACCCACAAAUCCCUUCGUGGGCCUCGUGGUGCUAUGAUUUUCUUCAGGAAGGGUGUUAAAGAGGUUAACAAGCAAGGGAAGGAGGUUUUAUACGAUUAUGAAGACAAAAUCAAUCAGGCAGUCUUUCCUGGACUUCAAGGCGGUCCUCACAAUCACACCAUUACUGGCUUGGCAGUUGCCUUGAAACAGGCAAUCACUCCAGAAUACAAAGCAUACCAAGAGCAGGUCCUCAGCAACUGCUCAAAAUUUGCCCAGGCUUUAAUGGAGAAUGGUUAUGAACUUGUCUCUGGAGGAACGGAGAAUCACUUGGUUUUGGUGAACCUGAAAAACAAGGGUAUUGAUGGUUCUAGGGUUGAGAAAAUCUUGGAAGCUGUACAUAUUGCAGCCAACAAGAACACUGUUCCUGGAGAUGUAUCUGCUAUGGUCCCUGGUGGCAUCAGGAUGGGAACUCCUGCACUCACUUCUCGGGGAUUUGUUGAGGAAGAUUUUGUGAAAGUUGCUGAAUUCUUUGAUGCUGCGGUGAAGCUAGCAGUGAAAGUAAAGGCUGAAACUCAAGGGACAAAGUUGAAAGACUUUGUAGCAACGCUACAAUCCAGUGCUCCAAUCAAGUCUGAAAUUGCAAAGCUCCGCCAUGAUGUAGAGGAGUAUGCUAAGCAGUUCCCUACAAUUGGGUUUGAAAAACAAACAAUGAAGUACAAAAACUAAGAGUACAUACCCAAGGCACCUGAGAUCCAACUUCGUAAAGGUGAAAGGCCGAAGAAAAUCCAGCUAUGGCUUGCUUUCAAGUACAUGAUUCUCAUGCUUAUGUAUGUAAAGUUCCAGCAGACAUUGGUUCCCAUGUGAGCCAAUUUGUAUAUUAAACACUUACAAUCCAAAAGAGGUCCUUGAAGCAAUAAACUCUUGUUACCUUACAUUUUUGUUCAUUUACAAGUGGGAUUCUGUUA